GUGCACGUUAGCACAGUUCCUAGCUUCCUCUUCUCGAUGGCGACUCGUCUUCAGUUUGAGAACAACUGUGAAGUUGGUGUCUUUUCCAAACUCACUAAUGCCUAUUGCUUAGUCGCUAUAGGAGGCUCUGAGAACUUUUACAGUGCUUUUGAGUCGGAGCUAGCAGAGGUUAUCCCUAUUGUUAAGACCUCUAUUGGAGGAACACGAAUCAUUGGUCGUCUUUGUGCUGGAAACAAGAAUGGGCUUCUUGUGCCUCAUACGACUACUGACCAAGAGCUUCAACACUUGAGGAACAGUCUACCUGAUCGAGUUGUGGUCCAGCGAAUCGAGGAGCGUCUGUCUGCUCUUGGAAAUUGCAUUGCCUGCAAUGACCAUGUUGCUCUUGCUCACACCGAUCUUGACAAGGAAACUGAGGAAAUAAUAGCGGAUGUACUUGGUGUUGAAGUUUUCCGUCAGACAAUUGCAGGCAACAUUCUUGUGGGCAGUUACUGUGCCUUAUCCAACAGAGGUGGAAUGGUCCAUCCUCACACCUCAGUGGAAGACUUGGACGAGCUCUCAACACUUCUUCAAGUCCCUCUGGUUGCAGGAACCGUGAACCGUGGUAGUGAAGUUAUAGCUGCGGGUAUGACCGUUAACGAUUGGACUUCUUUCUGCGGUUCAGACACAACCGCAACAGAGCUUUCUGUCAUAGACAGCAUCUUCAAGCUGAGGGAAGCCCAACCCAACUCUAUUGUCGACGAGAUGAGGAAGUCUUUGAUCGACACCUAUGUUUAA